AAUUAUAAUUGCUAACCUCAUUUAGCGGCGGUUUCUGCUCAUUUUAAGCAUUCACAGUUGACUUCCCGAUCCCUUCAAUUUAUUCCCAUGAAGAAUUUCGUCGGUUUCCCUGCUCUACGUAUAUUCUCUUAAUCGCUAUACUUAUUCUCGUCUCUUUCUCGGGGCUAUGAAACAUCAAUUUGGAGGAUAGUGGAAGAAGAUAUGGAGAAAGAUUCGACAAAAAAAUUUACUUUUCGUACAGGCUCCCCGGUAUUGAUCCUGCUCGCUCUUCCUCUGCUCUGCGUCGGAUUUGAUUUCUUCUAUGGCAGCCGAGUUCCCUUCAAUCGAUGGAUGCAAUACUUUACGAGUUCGGGAGAUGAAUUUAGGGCUGUUGAUAAGGAAGACGAGAUGUUCAGAUUUCGUCUGGGAAGAUUGGUGAGAGGCGAUGAUCGGAGAAGUUUGGAGACGACGGGGUUCGCCUGCGACCGGACGUAUCAUUCAGUCGUCUGUGUUUCAAACCGGCCGGCGAGGAUCGCCACCGGAAACAUGACGGUUUACAUUCCGUCCGACGAGGAUUCCGACCGAGUGACGGUGGCGCGGCCGUACGCCAGGCAGGAGGAUGAACUGAAAGUCAUCGGAGAAGUUCGCAUGUACCAGUACAGUAAUACGACGGCGCCGCCGGAGUGCCGCCGAACCCACGGCGUCCCCGCCGUGAUAUUCUCCUCCGGCAGCACCGGAAACGUUUUCCACGAGAUGAAUGAAAUCGUGAUUCCGCUGUAUAUCACCGCCAGGCAGUUCCGGCGGCGCGUGCAGUUCAUCCUGGAGGAUUACAAGCCGUCGUUCAUGGCGAAAUACGGCAAGGUCGUGACGCGCCUGACGGAGUUCGACGUGAUGAAUCCGGCGGCGGAGAAUGGGAGCGUCCACUGCUUCCCCGCCGGCGCCGUCGUCGGGCUGAAGUACCACGACAAUCUGGCCGUGAAUUCCAGCGACAUCCCCGGCGGUUACGGGAUGACCGAAUUCCGGCGGUUUCUCCGGCAGGCGUACGGCCUGAAAUUCUCACACGUGUCGCAAAUCCCGAAGCCGAAACUGAUCCUCCUCUCGCGUACCAACACGCGCCGGUUCCUGAACGAGGAGGAGCUGAUAUCCACGAUGGAGCGUGUCGGGUUCCGGGUAAUCUUGGUGAAAAGAUCCAAAUUGGUAUCCAAUUUGAACAUAUUCUCGCGGCUGGUCAACUCCGGCAGCGUUCUCGUCGGAGCUCACGGCGCCGGCCUGACGAACGAGAUAUUCCUGCCGACCGGCGCCGUCAUGAUCCAGGUGGAGCUCCUCGGCACCGACUGGGCUUCCGACACCUACUACGGCGACACGGCACGUGCCAUGGGCGUGCGCUACCUCCGGUACAAGAUCGAACCGGAGGAGAGCUCGCUGGCGAAGCUGUACGGACUGAACCAUUCCGUCGUGAGGGAUCCCGGUUCGGUCUACAGAACCGGCGGCUAUAGAGCCGCCAGGACGGUUUUUCUCGAUCAGCAGAAUGUCCGGCUCAACCUCACCCGGUUCGAGGAAACCCUCGUUGAGGCUUUAAGUAUUGUUACUGAUUGGUCGGAGUAAGUUUAAUUAAUUAGAGAAUUAUAUUUGGUGACGAGUUAAUUAAUUUAAGAUGUACAUAGCCCCUCAUCUUUUUUGUGUUGAAUAUAUAUUUACAUACCCAGUUA